CAUGACGUCAACGCGCCGCAAUUCAAACUUCAGGAAACGAAAGCGUUUGGUUCGGUUUGUAAACGGUCUUCUCGUCACAAACAGGAUAUUUUCAGAGGAUAUCUCGAGUUCUCUUCGUCUAUUACCACACCCGCACCAACAAAGCAGCUAUGACAUCUAAAGGUGCAAAAGAGACCAUCGUCACCAAGUUGGGUUUCAAAUCUAGCAGCUCUGCCUCCAAGGCCGAGGCGGAGCUCGAGAAAUUCAGGAAGGAGAACGCUCACCUCAGGAAGAAGAUAGAUGAACUGGCCAAACGACACAUCAAACCACCUGACUCAGACAAAAGCAAGCUGCUGGAGAGGAUUCUCUCCCUGGAGACGCUGCGAGAAAGGAAUAGUCAACAGUUGCUGGUGAAAGAGCAAGAACUGGAAACUGUGAGACAGCAGCUGUCAGCUAGAGGAGGAGAGGUGGUGGCAUCACUGCAGGCCCAGCUGGAGCAGCGGAAGAAGGAUGCAGAGCAGAGAGACAUGUUGUUCCAGAGCUUGUCACAGGAGACUGAGAACCUGAAAAACAAGCUGGUGACUGUUUCUGCCCGGUGUCAGUCCCUGGAAACACAGGUGAAUGGACAGGCACCUCCCGCAGACUUGGCAGUGGUGCAGGAUCAGCUUAGAGAUGCUCUUGAAAAGAACCAGCAGUGGCUGGUGUACGAUCAGCAGAGAGAGGCCUACGUCCAGUCCAUCCUCGCCCGCGCACACGAUCUGGAGCAACAGCUGAGCCAGGCAAAGCAGCAACAAACGAAACAAGAGGCCAGUUCAGAUGCUCCUUCCACCUCAGCAGGUCCAGAAAAGGACACUCAACUUAAGAGUCACUAUGACCAGUUGCUGUCGGGGGUACAGAGAGAACUGGAGAGCCAAAAAGAUAAAGUUAGCAGAUCCCAGCAGGAGCUCCAUUUGCAGAAGGGACUGACCUUGAAAGCACAAUCUGAGCUGCAGUCUCAGAAGGAACACGUCACCAGGCUUCAGGACGAGAUGUCAGCGCUGCAGAGGAGGUAUGAGGGGAAGAGAAGAGAGUUGGACGAGGCCAAGAUGCACCUGCAAGCAGAGCAACUCAGCAAAAGAUAUGCAGUGUGUGAGGAGAGAAAGGUGUCAUCUGAGCAAGCAGACAGGAUGAGAGUUGAACUGGAGAGUAUGGAUAUCAGACUGGAGGAGGAGAGGAAGAGAUCUGCUGAACUUCUACUGCAGGUAAAUAUGCUGCAGAAGUCUCUUCUCAGCCAAAAUGAAGAACAGAGCAGAAUUGCAGCACUGGAGCAACAGAUCAAACUCUCUGCCAAGGACUCUGAGAAUGAAAGGAUUGAUCGUCAAAGCAUGCAGCACCAAUUACAUAAGGUGUUGAAAGAGCUUCGCAAGGCCCGUGAUCAGAUUACUAAACUGGAGUCUGCUAAACAGCCAAAUGCCCGUUUCUCAGAGCCCAGCUCCUACAAUCAGCUCGAGUUUGAGCGUCUUACUAUUGACGACACCUUUGGCCCCACAUCCCCAUCUAAAGUCACCAACCUCCUGGAUGACAGUUUCCUGGAGUGCCCAAAGUGUCGGGCUCACUAUCCCACGAGCCGCCACAGGGAGCUCCUGGCACACAUUGACUACUGCUUUGCCUGAGCUGGUCUAAAACAGUGGUUCCCCACCAGAGUGCUUCUUAUUCAGACAUAUUUUUUUGUAAUCUUUGCUCCUUUUCUUGUGAAUCGCUGAAUAUUUUUAUCUCAGGCCUCUAAAACUCAAAUAAAAAAAUAAUCUGGUUCUGUAUACAUGUAACCGGUGACAAUGGGUAACACGGAGACAUUUCCUCUUUUUAAUGGCUCACAAACCAAAAGGGUUGGGAACCACUAGACUAGUUUGUGAGAUCCAAUAAGGAAACUCAACCUUUACAAUGUAUUUAAAACCCCUGUCUGGGUCAAAGGGAAAAUCUGAAAGCCAUGACAUUGCAUUUUUAGACUAUUUGAUAUAUUACAGUUUGGAAAAAGAAUCACCAUAAAACUAUAUAAAACUGUUUCAUGCUAAAAGAGUGACAGGCUUUUUUUGUAAAAUUGCAUGAUUCACCUGUUUACACUUUCAUGGCUUGUAAGUCCAAUUCUUUUUUGUCUUUAGAAUACCAUUUGGCCAAAGAUUGAUCCGAUCAUUUAUUAAGAAAAUAAUAAUUCUUCCAAGAUGAUUAUUUUCAGGGUCUUGCUGCCUUUUUUUUUGUUUUUUUUUUUUUGAGUGCAGUCAUAUUUUUUGCAGUUGUUGAUUUUAUGAAGCUCUUAUUGAAUUCUUAUGUUUUAUUUCUGUGUGUAUUGAUAAAUAUAUUUAUUCUUUGGUUGUUUUACAGUUGAGCUACUGUCUUUUCAGAUAAUAAAAGUUUUUAUUUUCCUCCAGGUAAUGUAAGCAAUGAUGAUUUAUUUAGGCUUUUCAUAUCAUCUUGGGAUAUACCUUAUUGUAUUUGUAUAAAAGUUUACAAACCUGCUAAUAUGCUCCAUUGAUAAAUCUGCUGUAAACACACUGUUCCUGCACUCCUACCUUCAGUAAUUAACACCAUCGGUGGUUUCGCAUAACAUUUUCCUCAGCUUGUUUAAUAUUGAUGAUGGCAUAUUUGCAUUGUUCUGCAGAAAGAUACAUUACCCCUAAGCAGCAGGGGUAAUUAGCCAUUUUGACAGUAUUUAAGGUAAAGGACUAAAUGAUAGGGAAAAAUAUUUGCAUCUUAUUUUGUGUUCUUGACUACAUUCAUAGUCGGUUAUAACUGUCAAAACUACCCAAUUCUUCUUCCUUGUGUUAUCUAUUAUGUCCCUAGUGGAUGUGUUCCAGUACAAUGUGUUGCUGUGUUUCUGUCCAGCAUCCAAACAAAGUGAACAGCUGGGUAAAAGUCACGGAAACAUAUGUCACCAUGACCAAGAUCUUCCCAUAACUUCAACCACAUAGUUUGAUUUACCUAAACUUAACCAGACCUUAAACAUGCUACUUAUACGGUCACACGGUGGCAGGUUGUCCGUGUAUUCUUUCUUAUCUGAGUAAAGAUCACUCCCAUUUCCACCUUGACUUUUCAAGCCUGCAGACCUGUAAAUCUGGAAUGAGAUUGCAUGAGUUAAUUCCUUGUGCUAAACUAUUUAAGGCAGGGGAUUAGUGAAGGUCCUUUCGGUAGAGGAAAGGGGUUAAGGUGCAGCCUUGGCAAUGUGACUAGAUGGACUUACAACAGACAGACACUGCUAUAUCGUAAUCUUUUAGAUAGAGGGUGUUCUGUUUCAACUUUGGCUGUGUGUCUUUUAAGCAUGUCACAGAAUCACAUUGUUCUGACCAACUUUUGUCCAUUUUGCUGUUUUUUGUUUUGUUCUAAUCAUGUGCUCCAAAUGUUUUUUUUGCCAUACACUGUACUGUACAAAAAUGUGCAAUAAAGAUAUGAAUCUCCUUCCAAUACAA